CCAGGGAAUGGCCUGGAGUUGUGUCAUGGGAGCUUUAGGCUCCCCAAGGUGUGUUCCAGGAGGAGCUGAAGUGGUGCAUUUCGCAGCUGGAGGCAGAUCUCCACCUCACCCCACCCCCAAACCCAGGUCACAGAUUGAUCUUAUCAGUACAACGUGUAGAGAAAUGCAGACACACGUCCUGCUCCUGCCACUACUUAACCUUUAGAGGAGGGGUGUGAACCCUCUGUAAGGUGCCCAGUAGAGGAGACCCAGCACAUUCUCAAGGUCCUGCGCUCCCCUGAGACUCCUCUUGCAAAGAAGCAACAAGCGAUGAGUGAUGUGUUUGGGGAUUAUCAUCUCAGCAUGGCUGAGGGUCAGGAGAGCAUGGAGAAAGCAGGCAUGAAACCUGGUGCUCUGGAAGUACAGCCAAGCAGUGGGCAGGCUGCAGAUGGUGUGAAACAGUCUGACCCAAGCCCUGAGGCAAAGCCAGAGCUCUUCACAUCAUCUGGCAGCAGCUUCCGAUUUGAUUUUAAACUUUCUGAGACCGACCCAGGAGCAGACCCUGGUGACAGCAGAGCUGUCACAGCCACCGAGCAGGAGAGCUGGAAUGGAGCCUUGAGGUUUGCUGCCUCUGGACAAGAACCCAAGUUUGCUUUCAACUUCACCAUCCCAGAUGAAGACUGUCCUCAGCUCCAGUUACUUCCCUCAAGCCAGCAUACAGAUCCUUCACUGCCUGCUGGAGCAGCAGCCCUGCCACGGGCUCCAGCCGUGCGGGAGCCCGAGGUGACUCAAGCUGCAGGGAGCGCACCCAGAGAGGACAGAAUUCAUGUCCCAUCAAAGAUCCCCCAACCAGAGACUGCUCCUGCAGAUGAGGCAGCAACAGUGAAGUCAACAGGAGCUGAAGCUGCCCAGAAGAAGAAAAAGAGGAAGAAACAAAAACCACCAGUCAGUAAAAACAAGAGAGAAGAAACUGAGACCAGCAGGAAAGCAAAGACAGAAGCUAAGAGCUGUCAAAAUACAAAUACUUCCCAUCAGGAUGAGAAGACCUCUCAGUCAGAUGAGCAGCUGCAGAAGGAGCUGGACUGGUGUGUGCAACAGCUGGAACUUGGCUUGAAGACACAGAAACCCACUCCAAAGCAGGCUGAAGAGGCUCUCCGGGCCAUCAGGACACUGCGCAGUGACAAGGCUCCACUGGUGAAGAAGCGGCAGCUCAUGAGAGCCAUGUUUGGAGACUACAGGAAGAAGAUGCAGGAGGAGCUGUGCAGGGAGCUGAAGCUCAUGGAAACAGCUGCAAAGGCUGCCAGGAUCGUGGAGGUGAAGGGAAGCAUCCGCAAGAAGAAUGGCCAAUUCAUCCGGAAGUGCUCGGGAGCUUGCAGGAAAAGCCAGGGUUCAGCAGGAUCCCCUUCAGAGUCACCCAGGACGCUUUACACAGGCUUAUUCAAUGGCACAGCUUCCAAAGAAGAAUUUCGCUUUAAUUUCUUCUAGGAAAGUGUCUUAGACUAAAACUGUGGUAAAAAAUCGCUGUGCCAGAUCCCCUGUAAACUGCAGAAGGGUGGAGAGAUGCUGUGCAGUAGGAAAUGUCAUCAGUAAGUCUCUCGAUCCUGUUCCAGAAUGCUUUAUCUAGAAAUCUAAACCAGAUCUGCCCAGUACCAUAUGACCCCAAGACUCAGCCACCGUAGUGCUCCUCUGUGCUCACACUGUAGAGAGGCACCUUUGAAAGGGUCGGCAGUGAAAGGAUCUGAUUUUCUUCCUGUAGAAUUUACAUUAACUGUAAAAUCUGUCUUUUAUACCAUGAGAUUUUCCCAUUCUCCUGUGGUUUUUAAAUAGAGCAGAGCUUUCCUAGCAGCUGAGGCAGCCAUGCACACAGAGGGGAAUGGUUUGGAAAGAAGAUGCAGCUUCUGUGAAGAUCCAGCAGUGGAUAUUUGGAUGCUUCCACUCCAUGAGUCUGUGUGAAUGCAGCUUCUGGCAUCCAGCAAACACCAGCAAUGCCAUCACUGACAUCGAGGGAGUGGAGCUCAGGGUCUGGGGAGAGAGUGAGUGAGAACCAUUUUUGCUGAUUCAUCUCUUUCAGUGGCAGGUACAGACUUAGAAUAACACUGCAAAUGCUGGUUUAAUCCAGCCUAGGGAUGUAAGGGCAGUUGUUUCCAGACAGGGAAAGGUUUUUGUUGCUGGAGCCAGGUUCUGGCCAGCUAGGAAGGGCGUACCAUGAGCUCUUAAAUAAAGUUUACUUUGUAAGUAGUCCAGUUACAGCCACCAGUGACUCAGAGGUAAAAUCAGCUGCAUGCCAACCUUGGGUGGUGGUGAAAUGAACUGUCAGAGCCCAAAGAAUCUCUUCCACUUGAUUUGUAUUAAAUUUUGGCUUUUUGAA